AUGGCCCGGCUUGGUCCCCGCGCCUCUUUCCAGACUGCGAGCUCACUGGGCUCCGAGGUGGACUCGCAGGUCGAGUUCAUCUCUUUGGCACUGGAACGACCUACUAGCCCAUCCUCGGGCACGGCAUUGAGCACGCACUGCGAAACGCAAGUCUGCAACGUGCAGCUGCUGGAUGAGGAAGAUCUCUACUUCCGUGUCAAUCUGAGAGAUGCGGAGAUGAGGCCCGUUCCCAUGUUGGUCACGAGAUCUACAGAGACGCAGACUGACUACUUGGACGCGGGGACCCGGACCGAAGCGACCCAGACGGAACUGGAGGCGUGGAGCCCUCUUACGGAGCAGGUCACCCCAGCUACGGCCGACCCAUAUGGCAGUGCAGAGUCAGGAGACGCAGCCGCCGGAUGUGACGCCUUCCCGGAUGAGGCCGAGGAGAUCUUCGCAAAGCUGGACGCAGAGGGAGGCGAGGAGACAGAAGGAUGGAAUGGAAGUCUCGGGGGCGAUGGCAUUGGAGCUGAUGAGGCUGACGAGGCGAUAGUAAGACAAAAUGUGGAGGCCGAUGAUGGCCCAUCUCCUGACGACGUUCUGGUGCAGACAUCGCUUGUGACCCACAUGGAGGAAAAAUUGAUUGCGCGUGAUGCGGUUGCCCAAGCUGCUCUUUCGAGUCACGUGGAAGAGGCGACGGAAGCUCAAGAGAUAGUCAGGGCGGCUUUGCUCGAGCACGUAGACGAACAGACCCGAGAGGAGCAGAGGCCCUCGUCUCAGCUGACGCUUUCCGAUGCACCCGGGCUUCCAGCUCCGGAGGAGCCGUCAGAUGUGGAGGUAGAAGCAGAGGCAGAAGCGGACGUGGCAGAUGUGAUGGAGGCGCACAACCAGGAGAUCGCGCCACAGGCGGACACACAGGACGAAGAGUUGGAGGCCUGGCGCUUACGGGUCCAGCUCAUGAUGCUUCAGGAGGUGGCCGCCUCUUGCAUCCCAGCGAAGAUGAGCCCUCGAGAACUUGUGCGCACUCUGGGAAUGGCCAUGGCGGACUCGCCCUCCUUUGCUCAGGCUUCGCCGGAAGACAUCACCCACCCCAGCUCACGUGGCUCCCUCCUUGCCGAGGGACUAAUGACCCCGCCAUCGCCGCCAGCUCCCUCUUCGGCGCGGUCUCGUCCGUCCGAGGCUUCCGGGGUCCCGCUUAGGUGCUCCGCGCUGUUCGACGAGAAGGAGGCCUCGCCAAAGAGGGUGCACCCCGUGCCGCCCCUGGACUUCAGUCGAGUCUACAUGGGCGAUGCUGAUGCGGACCUCGACUACGACUACGAGGGUGCAGAUUCGACAUGGAUGACGCACGGACGCUCGCUUACUCCAACGGAUUCUUCCUCGCGUAUGAGCAAGUCAACGUCGGAUGGAAGGCUCUGGCAACCAUCCGUCUCCUGUGCCCCACCGGAUGUCCAGGUUUCUUCACCGGAGGAGAAGCAUCGCAGGUUUGUGGGCAAGAUCCGUGCGAAGCAUCUGCUACCUCCACGAACGUCGCCCUUUGCCAAGCCACAAGUCCUUGCCCCAAUUACUUACAAGGCUGGUGGAGCCUUUGGAAACAAGGCGAAGAAGGUCACAGCAAGGGCUUUGCCCGCCACUCCGUUCAUGGAGCAGUUGCAUUCGCACUUUCACCACCAUUUCCACUUUAGAAAUAAUCUGCCACCAAUUUCUCAUAGUGUCGACUUUGAGACAGGUGCAAGCACCGACUCGUUUUAG